AUGAAUGAACAAUCAGAGAAGAACAAUUCCAUUCAAGAGAGACACACAGAUCAUAGUUUUCCUGAGAAGAACUGUCAAAUUGGACAGAAACAACUGCAACAAAUAGAGCGGCAGUUAAAAUGCUUGGCAUUUCAAAACCCUGGACCACAGGUAGCAGACUUUAAUCCUGAAACAAGGCAGCAGAAAAAGAAAGCCCGGGUGUCAAAGAUGAAUGAAUAUUUUUCUACAAAAUACAAAGUAAUAAGGAAGUACGAUAAAAGUGGCAGGCUCAUCUGUAAUGACGCUGACCUGUGUGAUUGUCUAGAGAAGAACUGCCUAGGCUGCUUCUAUCCAUGCCCCAAGUGUAACUCUAACAAAUGUGGGCCCGAGUGUCGCUGCAACCGACGGUGGGUUUACGAUGCCAUCGUCACCGAGUCUGGAGAGGUCAUCAGCACGUUGCCAUUUAAUGUUCCUGACUAGGUGCUCUUGCAUAUGGCCUGAUUUGUUUCUUCUUCUUACACAUUUAAGUCGACUUGUUUCUCUUGGGUGAAUUUUAGGGCUUGGGGGAAAUAUUGAGAAAACAUACUGAAGACUCAUGUUCUGUCAAGCCCCAGAACAAUGUAGAAUCGGCAAUAAUUCUGUAACCUUCUUAACUGUGUCAACAAUUUUCAAGUUCCUUAACAUGCAACCAAAGAAUGUAACAAUGGAGGGAUCAGCAUUUUUCAUCAGCACCCU